AAACAGUGAUGAAAUCCAAAACUCAAAUAAUAUUUUCAAUUGAUCAGUAGUUAACUGGAUGUUGAACAGUAUUUCACUUUUGGAAAGUAGAAUGGAUGCAACUUAUGUACUAGGAUUAUCCUUGUUACUGUCUUUUAUGAAAGUGGAUGGUCAGAAUAUUCUCGGUGAUCCUUAUCUAAUGGAAAGAUGUCCUCUGACAAACACAAAAGAACUAGAGCUUUUAAUCAACUCUGCGGCCAGAAAUGUGAUAAUUUCUCAUCUUAACAUGAUGGAAACACAGAUGAGCAAAUACAAGGUGGAGUUGAUUGAUCUUAAAAACCAAAUCACAGAGAAAAUGAACAAUUUAUCCAAUGAUGGUACAGCGGAAGCUGCAAAUAAAGGUACACCUUCAGAGCUCUAGAAGAAAGUGUGGCUUGGAAAGAUUUUCGAGCAGAGUAAAUCUACGAAUAACAAACAAAGCAUUUUUUUGUCAUGUAUAUCAUUACUGUGUUUGAUUUUUUAGCAAUAAUCCAAUUUUCGUUGUGUUUGCAAACAUUCUUAGCAAAACAUUCAUGGGAGAAUCGCAAAAAAUAAUAUAACGCAAAUUAAAAACAGCCGUGUUUAUGAAUAUUUUCACAAAAAUUCCUAUACGCAGAAAAACCCCGUUUUACGGCAUUCUAUCAUUCUAUCAAACAUAUUUUUUUGUCACUGUCAUAUAUUUCAUUUGAACUACUAGUAUAUUGAAAAAGCAAAUUUAAUGA